GAUUUAUUCUGUGAACAGCACAUCACUCUUGAAUAGUUCAAGAGUGAACUUAUCAACCUUCAAAUCUGUAAGUAGGUUUUUGAAAGAUUGUUACUAUGUUACUCUCAAAUCCUCUAGUCUAUAAUAUUCCUGCUCUUGAACUGAGUAACUCGUGAUUCAUCAGUCAAAUGUUCUACAGUUUCUGGAAAAAAUUACUUGGCUAUUCUAUUUCUUUUUCAAUUGCAAAAGAUUCAACGAUGCAUUCUUUAAUUCAAUCUCUGGUGCUUUUGGUCACAAUAUUUUGCGUAUAGUCGCGGUGCUGCAUUCAAGUUAAAAAUUCUUGUAAUUCAGUAGCUCGAAACUACUAGGUACACUACAAAAUCAUUGUGCAUGGAAUAAUUUCAAGUGAGACGAAUCGAAUAAAGUAUUGAUUGUAUCAUCAUCAUCAUCGUCAUGAAUUCCGCAUUGAUUGUAUGGCCUCACAAAACCUAGCAUCAGACUGAGCAGAGGAUGUGUGCGGCAUGCGGCGAGGCAAUCGUGGACAAGUACCUGCUGCAAGUGUCGGGUCGCACGUGGCAUGCGGCUUGCCUGCGCUGUUGCGUGUGUCAACUGGCGCUCGACCGACAGCCGUCCUGCUUCAUCCGCGACGACGCCGUCUACUGCAAGGCCGACUAUGCCAAAAGUUUCGGCGGUGCGAAGUGCAGCAAGUGUUGCCGAGGCAUUUCGGCGCAGGACUGGGUGCGCAAGGCACGUGACCACGUCUACCACUUGGCAUGCUUCGCGUGUGACGCCUGCAAGCGCCAACUCAGCACAGGGGAGGAGUUCGCACUGCAUGAGGAUCGCGUCCUCUGCAAGGCUCACUACCUUGAGACUGUCGACGGCGCUACCACCUCGUCUGACGAGGGAGGGGACUCGGAGAGCUACCAUAGCAAGAGCAAGGCGAAGCGGGUGCGGACGACGUUCACCGAGGAGCAGCUGCAGGUGCUGCAGGCCAACUUCCAGCUGGACUCGAACCCCGACGGCCAGGACUUGGAGCGCAUCGCGCAGAUCACCGGCCUCAGCAAGCGUGUCACCCAGGUCUGGUUCCAGAACUCGCGCGCUCGCCAGAAGAAGCAUCUCAACACCGGCAAGAUCAAGACCAACCAGUGUCACUCUGGAGGAGGGAGUUCAGUGAGAGACCUAGACAACGGACCAUUCAGUAGACACAUCAACCUUCAUCUCACCUACUCCUUUCAACAACAGUCAAAAGCGUCUAGUAUAUUCGCACCUCAUCAACCAGUAUCGGAACCAUCAUCUCUAGACGAGCUGUCACAGGAAUCGAUGUUGGUGUGUUCGCUGAGAGGGGAGAGUGUAUGAGACGACGUGAGGGGGGGUGACCUCGACCCGUCCCAUCCCCCCUCCUUCAAACCAUCUUAACUACUAAUGUCUCUACGCAGUGUUCUUCUUGCAAAUUUGAUUCAUCAAACUCAGAGAAAAUUCUUUUAAUGCAUCAAAUGUAUUGUUAAGAAAUGAAAUUCAAAAACACAAUAGGAGUUGAGACAGAGACCGAGUUUAAAACAUUUCUUCUUCAAAUUCAGAAAAAUUUCCAAAUAGGAGUUAUUGAAAAAAAUCAAAUUAUUCACAAUUAUAUUUAUAUAUUAUAAAUAAUAUUCAAUUAUAAUUUAAACUUAUUCAAAGAUUUCAAAUUUUUCAAGUCUUCAAAAGAGCUUCUAAUACCUGAAUAAAAUCGAAGAAAUAGAAUAAAGAAGUCAGUCAGAUAAUGGUUGAUUCGAUAUGUUAGGAAACUAACCUUCCAAAUAUAAGUUUGCACAAUAAAUUUUUAAACUUGUAGGGCAAACUGUUUUAUAUGUUCUAUCAAUGGGUUCCCUUCAAGAAGAGCUCCAUUCCAAAACCUGCCAAGUCAAAACCGAAUUUCUGGCAAAAUGGAAAAACUGUUGCUGGAUCACUCCAUGCAAAACCGUCGACUUGAAUCUUAGGUCUCACUUCGCUCAGUCAACUAAACACUAGUAGACCAAAUGGCGCGCCAUUCUACCUAUAGACUCGGUCUAUAGCCAUCUCUAGAGACACCGUCUCAUUUCAUUGACCGAGCGAAGUGAGGUCUAAGAUUCAAGUCGACGGUUUGGCAUUCCCUUAAUGUUUAAAUGUUGCGCAUUUACGGCGAAACGCGGAAUAGAUUUUCAUGAAA